AUGGACAAGUUCAAAUUGCCCUCAUUUACUAAACCCACUCAUAACAUCGCUCCUCCGGAUAUGAGCAAUGUGGACCAACGACCACGUCAUUUACAUGUCACAAAUUGUCCAAACAAUACAUAUGCCCUCGCCAAUGUUGCAGCAGUAUCCCCAAAAGAUUUUCCAAAUAACAUUUAUGUUAUAGUAGACAACUUAUUUGUAUUUACUACAAAACAUUCUAAUGAUAUUCCUCCCGGAUCUGUUGGGUUCAAUGGAAAUCAACGCACAUGGGGUGGUUGGUCUUUAAAUCAAGAAGUUCAAUGUAGGGCUUUUGAUAUGCUAAAGUAUUCCGGAAAGCAAUCUUAUUUGGGCUCAGUAGAUAUUGAGAUUUCUUUUAGAUCAAGAGGAAAAGCUGUAACUACACCUUUUGAUCAAGAUCAAUUGGCAACCCACUUCAUCAAAAAUUAUGAGUCGCAAAUAUUCUCACCAACCCAGUAUCUUAUCAUGGAAUUCAAAGGACAUUUUUUUGAUUUGAAGGUGAGAAACUUACAAGCAAUUGACUUAGCUGAUAUUGAACCUACUAAUAAAGUAGCCACAGGCAUUGAAGCAAAAGGUAUUUUAACCAAGCAAACGCAGCUCAACUUUUUCAAAGGAAGAGAUGGUCUAGUUAACCUAACUUCUAGUAACUCUUUAAGACCAAGGUCAGAUGCUGUUAUUAGAGCGGACUUUAAGUUUGAAGAUUUAGGUGUCGGUGGUUUAGAUAAAGAGUUUACGAAGAUUUUUAGGAGAGCUUUUGCAAGUAGAAUUUUUCCACCAUCAGUGAUCGAAAAGCUAGGUAUAUCUCAUGUCAAAGGUCUAUUAUUGUUUGGACCACCAGGUACUGGUAAAACUUUAAUUGCCAGGAAAAUUGGUAACAUGCUGAAUGCAAAGGAACCAAAAAUCGUAAACGGUCCUGAAAUAUUAAGUAAAUAUGUCGGGUCAUCUGAAGAAAAUAUUCGUAACCUGUUCAAGGAUGCUGAAGCUGAAUAUAGAGCAAAAGGAGAAGACUCUUCCUUACACAUCAUCAUCUUCGAUGAAUUGGAUUCUGUUUUCAAACAAAGAGGGUCCAGAGGUGAUGGAACUGGUGUAGGAGACAAUGUUGUCAACCAAUUAUUAGCUAAGAUGGACGGUGUUGACCAACUAAAUAAUAUUCUGGUUAUUGGUAUGACUAAUCGUAAGGAUUUGAUCGAUAAUGCCUUAUUACGUCCUGGUAGAUUUGAAGUCCAAGUUGAAAUACACUUGCCAGAUGAAGCUGGUAGAUUACAAAUUUUUGAAAUUCAGACUAGAAAAAUGAGAGAAAAUGACAUGAUGGAUGCUGAUGUUGAUCUAGCCGAGUUAGCUGCACUAUCCAAAAACUUUUCAGGUGCUGAAAUCGAAGGUUUAGUUAAAAGUGCAAGUUCAUUCGCUAUAAAUAAAACGGUCAAUAUUGGUAAGGGUCAAACAAAACUAAAUCAAAAAGAUAUUGCGAAGUUGAAAGUUACUAGAAAUGAUUUUUUGAAUGCUUUAACAGAAGUAACACCUGCCUUUGGUAUAAAUGAGGAGGAUCUGAAAACGUGUGUCGAGGGUGGUAUGAUUUUAUAUUCUGAUAGAAUCAAUGCUAUCUUGAAAAACGGUGAAAGGUACGUUCGCCAAGUUCGUCAAAGUGAAAAAUCAAGGUUGGUUUCGUUGUUAUUCCAUGGCCCUCCCGGUUCGGGUAAAACUGCACUUGCAGCUGCUAUUGCUCUAAAGUCUGAAUUCCCAUUUAUCAGACUUAUAUCACCAAAUGAACUUACUGGUAUGUCAGAAAGUGCAAAAAUAGCUUACAUUGACAAUACUUUCAGAGAUGCUUAUAAAUCGCCACUAAACAUUUUGGUUAUUGAUUCACUUGAAACACUUGUUGAUUGGGUACCAAUUGGCCCUAGAUUUUCCAACAAUAUCCUCCAAGUUUUGAAAGUUGCUUUAAAAUAUAAACCGCCAGAAGGUCGUCGUCUCUUAAUUAUGACAACAACUUCUGCGUACUCGGUCUUAAAACAAAUGGAUAUAUUGAGUUGUUUUGAUAAUGAGAUAGCAGUUCCUAACAUGACCAAUUUGGAUGAAUUUAAUAAUGUUAUGAUGGAUACCGGCUUCCUAGAUGAUGCCGAUAGAGUUAGAGUUAUAAAUAAGUUAGCCGAAACAGCCCCACGCAUGAACAUUGGCAUUAAGAAAGCGCUCACGAAUAUUGAAACAGCAAGACAUGAUGAUGAUCCAAUAAAUGAAAUCGUUGAAUUAAUGACACAGGCCGUGUGA